UUCUAACGAUGAAACAAUGCGUUUGGUAGAUUUAACUCUACAACAGAAACCACUGUAGUAGACUACAAUGGGUGUCGUCAUUGUUACUGAACGGCUACGUCUGGUACAAGCGUUGGCCAUCGUUGUCGCUGUUUUUUCACCGCUCACCACGCUUGGAAUGGUGGCGGAAGACUCGAACAGGCAGAAGCAGUACGAACGCAUGCAGAAAUUGUUGCUGUCAGACGAUGGCUUAAAGUCUAUMUCUGCUACUACAUCGCUCCAAGAUCACAUCAGGGUUCAAGAAAUGCUGAAAAAUCGACACGCCCGAAGAAAACCUCGCCUCGACGCAAAGGAUYCUAUAUUCAAUACGGGUUUCGAUGACAAUUUUGACGAUUUGGAUCGUAGGGAGGACGAGCUUUGGUUGUCACUCCCGAGAAAGCCUAAGAAAAAGCCAAGUAUGAUUCUUCGGAGUAUGAUYAAUAGAAAAGAACAGAAACGCAGUAAAACUUCAACCGCUGGCAGCUCGAGAAGCAAAAAGACAACCAGUCCAAACGGGUUAUUUAUUCCAUUCGAAGAUACCUUACAAGCGCUGCAAGCCUUCCACGACGAACAUUCCCACCUAGUAAUACCACGACGAUUUGUGGUCCCCGAAUCUUCCUCAUAUCCUUCUGUAUGGCAUGGUAUCGAUUUGGCGGGAACUGUUUACACCAUGCGGUGGUGGCAACGUCACGUCAAAAACCAGCCGGAUCGAGUAAGUGAAUUAAAUCGAAUAGGAUUUGUUUGGGAAAGGCUUCAACCGGAGUGGAACUUGAUAUUAGAAAGCUUGAUCAUCUACAAAGCCAUAUUUGGCAGUACAUUGGUCCCAUCAACUUUUGUCGUUCCAAACGACGAUAAUCGAUGGCCGAAAGCUUGCUGGGGGAUUUCGCUUGGAAAUUCAGUCUACAAGAUUCGUAACAGGGGUGAUUAUCUUGGAGCGAGGAAUAGCAAUAGUCUGUCCAGAAGAGCACAGCUUGAUGCUAUUGGAUUUGUGUGGGAUGUUCAGGAACUGCGUUUUUCAAAGUUUACGACUGCACUUGAACUUUAUGGCAAAGUUGAGCAGCACCACCAGGAGUCAAAUCAUUCAGGCGCUCUCAAGGUUCCCUCGAAGUUUGUCGUCCCUCGAAGCAGUCGUUGGCCAACUGACAUGUGGGGUUAUCCCCUUGGUGAACGAUGUACGCAAGUACGGCAAAAGGAGUUGUACAUAAAGGGACAUCCCGAUCGAGUUAGGAUUUUGGCAGACCUGGGUUUCUAUACUUCGGGAGGUAAUAACAAUCUACGAUGGCUAGAAGUCGUUCAUGCUGCUGCAGUUUAUUCGCAAAUGAACAAUAAUCAACUUGACGUCCCUACGAAGUUCGUAGUUCCAGCACCCCCUCGUCGAGUUGUAGCAGCUACCGAAGACGACGAAAGUGAGGAGGAUUCAGGGGCUUCACGCCUAGUAGGGAGUGACGACGCAUGGCCAUGGCCUGGUAAGUUUGACAACGCAACAGUACAUAAGAACUGUGACAUUCUCUUCAAGUCUUAYAUUUACUGAAGGAGAAAAAAGCAAACUCAYGGUAUUUUUUGUUCAAUUGAAAAAACCAUGGUAGAAUAUCUUUGGAACUUUCCACUUGGUCAAAGGCUUCGUGACAUUCGUGUCAAGGGAAACUAUUUGAAAGGRGAGAACGGGGAUGCCCGUCGAAGACAACUUGAUGCACUUGGCUUUAACUGGGAGCCCAGACGGGGGCGCCGCCUAUACAAGGAUCGAAAUCCUGGAUAGGAAGUGUAUGCGUUGUUUUCGUGAAAGAGACAAUUCUUUCUAUUGUUUCUCCUGUAGUGCACUAGAUUACAUUUCCUCCGAUCUCUAUACAGAAUCCCUUUACUCAGCAGUUCGCAGUGCUCACUACUACUAUGACAAACCCACUAGUAAGCACUGAUGGAGGUUUUCCAGUAUUAGUUCUGAAGUAGUAAGCAAUGAAAUUACCUAUCCAGUAGUAAGGACCAUUAAUAGAAAUAUUUUUGGACG